AUCAAGAUGGCGUCUUUGUUGAGAUCGUCGAAGAUUCUUCGAGUCGUUCCUGGUUUACUGCGAACCCUACAGGGACAAUCGAGCGCCCUGGGAUCGUCAGCAGGGCGACAGACGUUACGAAGCUCAGUUUCAUCUGUUCGAGAAAAUGUUAGGUUGGCGUCGACCACCACUGCUGUGACCCAGAGCUCUUACAGCACCCAGGCGCAGUCUCGCAUUGGCCCCGCAGCCAAAGCGGACAAUGAGUUCCGCACGGUGCUACGGCGUCUGGACGACAUGGUGCGCAGGACGGGCCGAAUCACCAAGAACCAACUGAUGUUGGUCUUUGACGAAGUCUGCAAGAUGGGAACAGCAUCCCCUAACCAGGCCCUUCUUCUCCUCCGGAGCUGUGGGUCUCUGCUCCCAGAAGUGCCCCUGAGUGAAAGGACGGAGUUGGUGCACAAGAUCUGGGACAGGCUAGCCAGCAUGGGUGUAACCUAUGAUGUCAGCCACUACAAUGCACUUCUCAAGGUGUACCUGCAGAACGAGUACAACUUCUCACCCACAGAAUUCCUUGCCAAAAUGGAGUCCAAGUCAGUGGAACCAAACAGGGUGACAUACCAGAGAUUGAUCAGCGCUUACUGUCUCCUUGGCGAUAUUCCAGGAGCUACAAAGAUCCUAGAGUUCAUGAAGAUAAAGGAACUGCCUGUCACCGAGGGUGUCUUCAACUCUCUCAUCACGGGGCACGCGAGAGCAGGGGACAUGGAAAAUGCUCGUAAUAUUCUUGAUGUCAUGAGGAAUGUUGGACUGGAGCCCAGUCAGGACACGUAUUCCGCUCUGAUGUGUGCUCUGGCUGAGAAGGGAGACAUCGAAGGCAUUGAAGAGGUGAUUCAGGAGGCAGAGUCCCAAGUGGGUGAGAUUGCAGACCGGUACUACCUGAGUGUUGCCUACAGCCUUGCCACAUCAGGCCAUGAACAGCACCUCCCCAAGAUUUUGGAAAGAAUACGACUUGGUGUUGGAUUUAUUCCAGAUACCAUCAACCUAUCACUCAGUCUCAUCACCCAAGGGCAGAUAGAAGCAGCCUUCUCCGUCCUCAAGCUAUUCAGUCUCCGCCAAGUAGCGACCAUUCCCAGCACCGAGCCUCCCAGUCAAGGCAGCUUCUUCAUCGACACCCUGGUGCAACUCGGAACGCCCCACGAGACGCUGUUCCAUUAUCUAGACACCAUGAUAAGCGAAGGUCUACAUGCCACACCGUACAUCGUAGCAUUGCACGUUGCUCUCAGGAACCAGGGAAGCGUUGUCACUCACGAGUACAUCCUUGGAAUAACAAAGCGAAUGAUUGAACUGGACAUACCUGUGCGACCUCACUACUUCUGGCCUAUGAUGACAACGGAGGCGAACCGGGGGAACAGUGAAGGUGUGCUGCAACUUGCAAAAGCCAUGGCCGACAUGGGUAUACAGUUGAAUAUGGAGACCUACUCUAAGUACCUGAUUCCUGCCGUUGGUGACAAGGCUGAGGUGGUGUUAGCCAGACUCAAGGAUCUUGGCAUGUCAGUGGACAAGCAAGUUAUUGCUGCUCUGUGCAGGCAUGAAGUCUCCAAAAACAGACUAGACAUCGUAGUUCAGUUCUUGGACAGCUAUCCCGACUUGGUGGAGGUAUCACUCUUCAGGACUGCUCUCAUAAACUCCUUUCACAGAUUCCCUCAGGUGGAGCCACUCGUGACCCUGCUGACCAAUAUGUGGACGCAGUUCAAGGAAGACCAGAACUUGGAGGUCAACAAACAAGACUACAUUGGCGGAGUCUUGUACGACAUGGUGAGAGCCAUCCCUGACAGCAAGGCUGUCAGCCUCAAACCUCACCUGCAGCUACUCUUCGACAAGCUUGCCGACCAGGGGAUCCACAUAGCCAUGCAGCGUUUCCGAGGUAUCCGCAAUGUCCUGGACGAGAUCAAGCUGAUGAUGGUCAAGCCCAAUGCCUACCGAUUGCUUGACCCUGCAGAGGUCAACGCCAACCCCAUGGGCAACAUCGACCUCCUGGCCAACAGUGACAUCUCCGUGGACCAGCUGGAGGCACACCUGACGGAGCUGAAGGAGAAAGGCGCCAACUGCCGAGGGAUCUUGAGACGCCUCAUCUUAUACCACACCGCGAAUAACAAUUACCAGCGAUCCGUUGAGUUGAUUGAAGAGUUCAAAGCCAGGGGCUACGAGUUGACGGGAGCAAUCUAUGCUUCCUUGAUGAGCGUCUGCUCCAAUCACCAACGUUAUGACGAAGCUUUUCAAUUCAAAAAGGAAUUAGAGCAAGCUGACCCGCUCUUCAGGCUGGAUAUGUCCAAGUACAGACCACUCAUCUGUCAUCUAGCCAAGAGCAAUAAAAUGGAAGAUGCUCUGGCCCUUGUUGAAGAGAUGAAAAAACGGGAUAUUGGAACGGACCGGCAGGAAAAGCAGUUGUUCCACCUGCUGAACGAGCUGGCCCAGGAGGGCCUGACUGGACAGACGCAGCAGAUCUUCGACAAGCUGGUCUCCCUGGGUCUCAUCCGGGUCAACAGUAACAUCCUGGGACCCGUCGUCAUGGCCCACAUUGUCAGGAAAGACAUAGCAGGAGCUCUGCAGUGCAUCCAGGAUUGCCAGACAAAAUACGGGCUGAUGCCACACUUCCACGAAAUCUUGGUCAAGUUGGUGGAGGACGGCGACACGGAACAACUUCAGAAAGCCAUGGAUUUCACCAGCCAUCACCACGGUGACAUCAACAUGCUGUACGACCUCAUCUUUGCGUUCCUGUCCACGGGAAAGUUCAAAGAAGCAAAGAAGAUCUUUGAGACCCCCGGCAUGGUGGCCAGAGAUCGGCGGCUGCAGUGGUACGCUGAGCAGUGCAUCAGCAAGAACCAGACCGAAGCCUUGGAGAACCUGGUUGCCAUGACCAGGGAUUUGUACGGAUGUGAUCGCGAUAACAUCCACUUUCAGUUACUGCAGCUCUACACGCGGCAGAAAGACCCUGACAAAUGUCUUCAAGUGUGGACCACCAUGCAAGACGAGGGAGUGGUACCAAAGGACCGGACACUGCGAUAUUUGGCCAACGUCCUGCGAUCCUACAAACGGCCUGUUCCCUUUGAAGUGCCACAGAUCACGUUAGAUGAGUUGCCUGAAAGCAGUUCAGUUGAUGAGGAUCCUGUGUCGAAUCUCCAGAAUAGAAUUAUCGCCAUAGCCAAAUCUGGGAACCUUGAAGGAGCCACAAGGUUACUUGAGGAGGCUCGGAGCAAGGGGACGGAACUCAAGAUGCCGGCUUACGAUGUCUUAAUGUGGGAGAACCUGAAACAAAAGAACUUGGAGGGGUUCUCCAAAGUCAAGGACAUGUGCAAAGAUUUCGAAGAUUUUUCACUUGGCAAGAAUCUCAGGAACAAGAUGAUAGUGGAGUAUCUACAGGUUGGAGACGAAGAAGCCGCCCACCAAGUUUACGACGAGCAGAUACAAGAUGGCAUAGCUCCUCUGCGGUCGGGAAUGCGACUCUUGGCGUCGUACUACGAAGAGAAGGGAGACCUGGACAAGCUGAAGGAGAUGAAGGCCAAGUACGAGGAGAAGACAGGAGAGAACUUCCCCAUGGCAAAAUGCAUACUCGGGGCCUACAUCCAAAGGGGAGACGUUUCGGGAGCGGUCAGCUUCAUCGAGCAGGAACUGGAGAAGGACUCGGCCCAGAUGCGACGGAUUGGUCUCAGGUCGUUUUUAGCCAAGCUCAUCCUGAAGGAAGCUGACAUGACAGAAGUGUUAGAGAUGGUGGAUAGACUGAAUGCUAGAGACAUGGAUGGUGCAGUGUGGCAGUUAAUCUUUGCACAUCUGGACUGCAACCAGGUAGAACAAGCCAGAGCAAUGGCCGAGAAAUACCCAGUAAUCAGAGAGAAAUCUUCAGGGUUGAUUGGUUACAUCAUCGCCAUGUUUGGACGGGAUUCAGACAUGAUCACUAAAAUCAACAAUGUCUUAGAGAUGACAGAGGGCAAAGAUUACCUUGACAAAUCGACAAUCUACUUCUACCUCUUCAAGGCAUACGACCAGGCCAAUGAGUGGGAAGCUGCGUCAAAACUCCGCGAGAAAAUGAUCGCAGAAAAUUUACCCAUAACCGAUUUUAAUCUGAAGAGACUUGCCAUGCUUCUCCAACGCAACAACCAACCCGUACCCUUUGAAGAACCCCCAAAUUCCAUCAGCCAUUACAGGGACCUGUCUAGGCUGGAACACAAAGACAACCUCACCGAGAUAGAAGAGCUGACCCCAGACGAGGAGGACGGCAGGCAAGCCCACAACAGCACCGACUAGGACUGGCACCCAGACCUCCGGAAUUUCUCAGUUCAAAUCAAUAUUGGAUGAAAUGUUCGCUGCGGUCAUGUUUGGGAAGUCCAUGUAGAGCAUGGUGCUGAAGUGUCUCCAGUCAGCUGCUGGUCAUUUUCAAGCCAGAUUUUGAUGUGUAUUAUGUGAAAUACCAUACAGUCCACUAACUGCUGCAAUAACAGAAUGCUUAAAUGAUAAUGGGGGAAAAUGAAUUGUCCUUCUUGCAAUUAGGCCAUUUUCCAAUACUCAACUUCGUCUCCGUCUCAGGCUUCCCAAAACCAAUCCCAGAUUGUGGGCCUGAAGC